UUCCUCGCCUCUUUAUGAUUGCGUCACGCUCCGGGCAAAACGGUUUCAAGCGUUUGGGUGCAAAACGCUUGGAGUAUAGUGUGAAGUGUUUUAGGAGCUUCGCACUCUGCACCCGAAAGCGGUUCUGGUGUGCAAUCGGUGUGACGCCUAGACUGAUUCAGAACGCACACUUGUCGAAAAAGGUUUUCUACGGUCGUGUCUAGUGUCGCUGAAAACAGAAAUGGGGAUAGACGUUCGGCCAAUCAAAACGCUCCAACGCCCGUAGUAUUCGGGUAAAUAGGAAUUUUGUUGCGUACCAAUUUCCUGCGCACAGUGUUGCCGCGUGCAGAAUCGUUUUCUGUAGCUCGUAGCCUAGCAGUUCGACAUCCACAAAACUUUUGAAGUUUUGUUUUCAAAAAAUUUCAAAUGGUAAUUUAAUGAUAUUUUAGAUAGAUUUCUCCUCCUCGUACAUAGUUUUUAUAUAGAAUAUGUGUUAUUUCUCUUUAUCGUCUCUUCUAUUAAAAAAUAAAAAGGUUUGGGCAUUCAAAUAGGCCAGAAUUGAUAUUUGUGUACCCCAGUCUGUCUGGCAAAAGCAUUUUUUCAGUUAAUAAAUGUGCCUUUCGUCUAUGAUAACUAAAAAAUGAGUGCCAACGUUGACGAAGACAAGGAGCCCCAAAAGGCACUGCCUUUGGACUUGGCUCGGACUCAGAUAACCACUGUGAGGACAGUAGAAAGUAACAAAGCCCCUCUGGUGAUGUCCAGCCAAGCUCUACGAAAUGUUCGUGUUUUACAAGGUGUGAAUGCCAUCCCUGCUUCAGUUGGACAAACCAUCAUUACAAAUUUAGUGCCAGGAACUAUGAUAAAACAAGACACAAAUAGAACCCAAAUAACUGGCAUUGUUUCACAAUCUCAGCCCCAAUCAGGAGGUAUAACAAUCCAGAGACCCACUCAAAUCACUUUAUCAGCAACGCCAUUGGUCUCUGCCCAAAGCCCUCCAGGAACCUCUUAUCAUGUACCACGAGGGCCUGCAGUUGUUGCCAAUUUAGCAGCCCCCAGAAGCAAUGUAACUACCAUUAGAACCCCUUUGGUGGUAACUGCACAAAAUACCCAAACAUUCGUGAGGCCGCCCAGGACUCCAAGUCCAGCCCAAGCUUGGCUAACAACCAAUAAUACUAAUGGUGGACAAAUCAAAGGGACCCCCGCGGUGCUAGGAUCGCCUAUUAGGGGGCCUACAGUGACAGGAAAACCACAAACGGUGAUCGGAAGGCCUCAGUCGCAACAAUUACCUACAAUUAGAGGGACAAUAUUGUCUAACGCCAUUACUAUAGGACAAACGCUUCACUCUUUCAAGCCAGCUUCUGGUACCAUACAACUUGGCGGUACUGUGACAGUAGCACAAAUGUUGCCAGCUCGUACCCAGCCAGUAGUCUACAGUACAAAUACAGGAGCUCAAUUCACACCCACAGCUAGACUAACUUUGGCAACAACGUCGCCAGGUCAGAUGAAACCUGGACAACCGAGACCUAUGGGUAACAUCGUCAGUGGGGCUCGUCUAACGGUGCCCCUCUCCCAAGUCCAAGCAGCCCAAAAUACUCGAAUGGUGGCUCCAGGAACCCUACGAACCACUCAACCUCAAGUUUUGACUACUGGCGCCAGGAUUGUGACCAGUCAACCUUCUGGUAACUUAAUUGGAAGGAUUUCAACAGCAAACGUUACUAAUCCCGCCAAUAUAUUAACUAGCCAGGCUCGUAUAUCGACUCUGUCUACUCUAAAUAUACAAUCUUUGAUGGCAGUGGCUAAUGGCACUCCAGCUAGACUACAGCAAACUUCACAGGGGCCAAAGGUUAUUACCCAGCCUGCAGCUACUAUACAUUUAACUCCCAUUCCUUCUCAAAUCAAAACUACACCACCUAUACCUAUUGUUACUUCAGGAACCAGAACAAUUAAUGUUCCAGCGUCAAUUGUAGCCCAAAGACCUCUUUCUGGAGGGGCUAUCUCCAUAGCAAAAGUAUUUACAACCGAGAACCCAUCAGCGGUUCCUGGAACCACCAGUGUUUUUAUACAUGCGCCCUUGCAAGCUCCUAGGCUUCCUGUUCCAAGCCCUCAAAACGCACCCACUUCGACUCCUCACCAACAACAGCUGAUAACGUCAGUGGCAUCAACACAAGGCCCCACUUAUCCUUUGACAGCUCAAGAAGGCACCACUGGCUACUUUUAUGAAAGCCCUGCAACACCAACUGGAGCUUUCCAACGUGCUUUUGUCAGUCAACACCAGAAUUCUUUUAUCGCUCAACCCUCGACUCAACCCCAGAGUCAGCCACAAAUUAUUAGGCCCACUGUGCCUGUUUGCAAUCAACAAUUUCAAGGGAUGCGCUUCAACUCUGUAAUGGUAGUGGAACAAAGUCGAGCUCAACAGUCUACGGCACCAUUUCAGCCAAUCGUCACUCCCCAAGUGGUUGCAGAAUCACAAACCCCGGUGGAGACUACAGUGCAACAACAACAACCAACGGCUCAAAAUCAAAAUAAGGCAACAUCUUCGCCGAGGCCCAGUAUACUAAGGAAAAGGGAUCAUGAAGGUGCACCUAUGAAAGCUGCUAAAAAUCUAAUGCAGGCCUUGCAAACUGCACCGCCGUCGCCACCAUCACCUCCAAGACCUGAUUCGAGAGAUAAUGGACACAGUUCAGGCAGCACAACAAUAUCAGCCACAUCCAGUCCGGGCUUGGGGGAAAUAAAUGAAGACAGUAACCCCCUUGUGGCAAUGAACGCAAUCAAAGAAGAAGAAGAGGAAGACGUCAAACCAGCUUUGGAGAUGAGCCCGCGCAAAAAACCAAGAAAACAACAAUUAACCACCAAUAGCAAAAAUGAUACUGCCUUAAAUCAUGGCGAUAUGCAAUUUAUUUCAGAAAAUAAUGCGUCCAAAAAGGAAAAUAAUUACGACUCUGACGACGAGCCAUAUUCGGAUUCUGUACAGAAAAAUGGCGGGCCUGAACCAAGAAUUGCAACUCUGCGUAAACCUGCAUCUUUUACUUUGCUGAACGGCUACCGUCAAAACUGGAAAGCUACUCACAAUCACUAUCAGAGGUAUUCAGAUGUAAAACCGAAAGAAGACAAACGCCCAUCUAUAAUUGAUUUGGCCAAUCAGAAUCGAGUAUUGGAGAAAAUUAACGGGUGGAAAGUGUAUCAUUUGUCGACGCAAAUGGAUGAUCUGGCACAGCAAGAACAUUCCGUUUACGAUCAGUUGACUGAUUUAUUGAAAUUCACUGAAUCUGAAGAAACUUCCAGGCAUGGGCGAGAAGUUAAUACAGUAAACGAAUUGAUUAAAGGAAAUCUUCAAAGAAUCAAAAUAAUCAACGACGGUAUGUUGGACGCAAAAUGUCAGAUAAUGAAAGUGUUUGAGCACCAACGUCACGUAAACGACAUACUGAGCCGUUGCGCCAGGACACGUAAUUUUAAAAAACGGGAGAAAUCAUAAUUAUUAUCUAUAUAUGUGUUGAUAUGUUUAUGUUUGUGUAAUUUAAUUUUUUUACGUACUAACUACGGAGUAUUGUGUUUGAUGUAAUUUUUCUUUUCUGACUCCCAAGUUUAAAUAUCAAAAUUUUGUAUAAAUAAAUAUAGAGAUUUUUGAAAAGAGUAUAUAUUUUAGA